AUGAAAAAGGAAAAGUUACCACAAAUUCGUGAUCUAAACAAUCGAAAUUUUUGCGCCAGCUUCUUCAAGUUGUUUUUAGCCUCUUCUGCUUCAUCUCUCGAUAUUCCUUCCUUGAAUUUCUUCGGAAGUCCUUCAAUAAGCUCUUUGGCCUCUUUAAGCGCCAGACUCGUCAAAGCUCUAAACGGCUUUAAUCGUCGCAAUCCUCGCGUUACUAGGAACCUCAUCAAUCACAACAUCGAACUCCGUUUCUCCUCCACGGCAGCAGGUGCUUCAGCUCCAGCGCCAGGUGCGGCAACAACCGCAGCAGGAGCAAAGGAGGCGGCAGUGACUCCAAGCUUGUCUUGGAGGUACUCAACUAGCUUUUGUGCAUCUGCAAGGGUUAGGUUCGAAAUUUCAUCGCCUAGCUCUACAACCUUCCCCUCGGCGACGGCGGCAACGGGGCGGAGAAAUGUCGAUCGGUGGGAGAGUUUGGGGGUUCGGAGGGGGAAUUCUAGGGUUGUUUGGGGGGAAAAAGACUGCGGGAGAUGCUGCUUGAGUGGUGGCGGCGUAGGAAGGGUAAGAGAAGGAGCGCAAAGUAAUUGUAAGAGAAGAGAAGACCAUUAG